GUUAACUAGUUAUAAAGAAAUUGUUUACGCAGUGCAACACAAUUUCAAUAAAUGAACAGUUCAUCCAAAUACUUCUAAAUUUUUAUAUAUGUUACAAUAAUAUGACAAUGCAACGUAAACAUUCUCAUAAUUACUUUUAUAGUUGCAAUAAUUACGAAAAUAUUUUGCCUUCUUUAUGACUACGCAUAAAAUAUUACAAAAUUGACAGUAAUAAGCUACGUUACCUAAUUUUAUCACUUAGUUAAUUUUGACUCUUGAACUACAUUCGUAAUGACAGCAAUAAUAAUUAAUAAAAUUAUAAACUUGGUUGAAAAUGGUGGAAUUAAAUGCAUCUUAAACUGUUAAGAGGCAUUUAAAAAUCAAUAAGUGAAACAAAGAAAUUGUUUUAUUAAUUGGCAUUAAUUUUGAUCAGUAAGGGCAAAUAUAUUUGUGAAAACAAGAGUCCAGCGUUGCUAUCAAUGUAGGUUGUUGUUUAGCGGGGUGGCACGGUUGGCCCGCGUGGCGAUGGCGCGAUGACGUGUGCGCGCGCGCCGCCAUUUUAUAUAGGACGAACGCGAGCGUAGACCAUCAGUCGCCCGGUCGAUCGUGCGAGCGAUACUCCUCCGCGACACACUUAACGCCACUCAGGCCCUAUACUCAGUCACGUUAGAACCAUCGUCGUCGCCGGUGCCGUACCGUACCUGUGACUCUGAAAAUCUAGUGCAUCACAUACAAUAUGAUCGACGUAGUGCAACAACAACCCAGAGAUGGCUGCCUUUACGAGAUCAGACAAAAGGGACAAAGAGAUCCCUGUUACGUGGUCGUGCCUAGUACAAACGAUCUGGUUAAGAGCCACCUGAUGUUCGCGGUGCGCGAGGAAGUGGAAGUAUUGAAAGAGCGCAUCGCCGAACUAAUGGAGAGGAUAAACCAGUUGGAGGUGGAAAACACGUACCUACGCGCGCACGCGAGCCAGGACACCCUCGCGCAGCUGCCCGCGGCCGGCGCGAAGCCGCCGCCGCAGCCGCAGGGGCCGCAGCCGCCGGUGUCGUAGAACUCAUGUUCGGUCAUCGCUGAACACAUAACGCUGGCCUCAGGGCCCGCCCUCGGCGCGCGACCACGCAGACCAGGGAGUCAGAUAAGGCUGUGCUAUGUUAAUCCGUAGGCUAACAGACGAGCGUGAGUAGACACCGGUCGAGCGCCGAGGGAGGCGCGCGCGCACACACGCGACGCCACCGAUUACGCUUCUAAAGUGUACUCCUUCCUUCAGUUAUAUAAUUAGGGUGCAAAACUUCGUGCUACCUGCCACGCUUUUGCUACGCAUCUCGGCAACGACUCUUAGCGUUUCCAUAUGCCUCGUCGAUAUAAUUUUUAUUCGGUUUUAACUUAGGUAUCGCUAUCCAAUAUAUUCCAUUUUAAGGUAACUCGUAAGACGUGUGGUUAUAAUUAACUUUACUGAAUAGUUAAUAUUUCUACGUAUUGAACAAUGACUGUGUGUUAAUUUAUUUUCUAUAAUUUUUAUAUACAUAUCUAAUUUAAGUUAUUUAUCAAGUUUUUUUACUGCUGUGUUACAUUAAAUCUUUAGUGUUGUUCCCGUCAGCCUGAGAUUAAUGUAAUGAUCUGUCGUUGCUAUAACUCUGAAAGUGUUGUGUGCAGUUUUCGUUUAGUUUUAAACAUUUAAAUAUUAUAUAUGUUACGGUUAACUUUAAAUGUUUGAAUGUAUGUUAUCUACAGGUAAAGUUUACGUUACAUUAUAUACAAGUCGUUUAUAGAUUUAGAAUCGUUGCGAGAAUGUGAUGACCUCGGGCGAUGCUGGCUUUAGGAAAUUUUGCACGUCGAAACCGUAUAAAAAAAAACACUAUUUUUAUUCCAAUCCUAUAUCAAUACUAGAGAUAAUAGCGAUUUAACAAUGUAUUUUUUUAAUAAAUAAAAUUGUUUGUAUAUAGUACAUGUCGUAAUAGAAUUGUGAGUCGCAAUGAUGUACAUAAUGAAAGAAUGUUUUGGAAGGCAACCUAUUCCUUAGUCCACCCUUCACCUGGAGGAUCUAAUCCUCCCGCGUGGGGGGCAUAUUAUCUAAAGUAUGUAAGUUAAAUAUUUGCUGUAUUUAAAACUAGCUCCAGUGUUUUAUUAUCAAUUUUACCGAACAAAGUAGCUGGUGAUUGAUGUAUAGGAAUGGAACUGAUGUAUGUGGUUUGAGAGAGAGAUAUAUAGACAUCUCACGAGUUGUAAGGAGAUCGGCCCAGCGACUCGGGUGUGACCAGGUAUAUUAUACUUGUAGAGUAGUGUUUGUACAACGCUAAUCUGUAUUAGAUGAUUAUUUAGAUCUUCGUAAUUAUUGUGAAUAUACAGUACAUUACUAACUACGUGCAUUACCCUAGAUCUAAUAUGAAUUAUGAUUAUUAUUGAUAUGAUAGAUACUGAAAUUGUAAAUAUGUAUACUGUAAACAGAAAAUGUCCAUUGUAGCUUAUGUUGACCAGAAUGGUUCCUCGUACCCAAUAAAUGCAAAAACUACUCGA